AUGGCAAACGAAGAUCGGGUUACGGCCGCGUUCAGUGCCCGCGUCAGCUCGGGAGGCCGCCGGCGUGCGGGCAGCGGCCGGGCAGGCGCCCAGUCCCGGCCGGGCAGCCCCGGGGGUCGCCGCAGGGAGCCGGCCCGGCCGAGCGCUGCUGAGGCGGCCGCCGCGCCUGGAGCCGCCGGCACCUCCGUCCUUCGGGGAUCCCGGCCGAGCCGUCGCAGCCCGCCACGGCCUUCCCGCCUCCCGCCGCCCGAGGGGAGCGGCGGCGCUGCCCCGCGGCCCGCUCGCUGCGGGGGCACAAAGAAGCCGCUUCCUGUGGCCGGUGGGGCCAGAGAGGCCCGGGCCCCCUCCCGUCGCCGCGCCGCGCCGCGCCCCGUCCCGUCCCGUCCCGUCCCGGCAGCGCUGGGGGGCGGGACGCCCCGGGCCAAGCCCCGCCCCUUCCGGGCGUGCCGCAGUGACGUCACGGCCCGCUCCGCCGCAGCCCCAGUGCAGGCCGCGCCGCCAGACGGAGCCGCCCGCCGGCCCCGCGCCCCGGCCGCCAUGCCCUCGGACCGGCCCUUCAAGCAGCGCCGCACCUUCGCGGAUCGUUGUAAAGAAGUACAGCAGAUUCGAGAGCAGCAUCCAAACAAAAUUCCGGUCAUCAUUGAACGCUAUAAAGGGGAGAAGCAGUUGCCAGUGCUGGACAAGACCAAGUUCCUUGUCCCAGACCAUGUCAACAUGAGUGAAUUGGUCAAAAUCAUCCGGCGUCGCUUGCAGCUGAAUCCCACCCAGGCCUUCUUCCUGCUGGUGAACCAGCACAGCAUGGUGAGCGUGUCUACCCCCAUCUCGGAGAUCUACGAGCAGGAAAAGGAUGAGGAUGGCUUCCUCUACAUGGUCUAUGCUUCCCAGGAGACCUUUGGCUACUGAGGCGUGCUGAGAGGUGGCAUGUGGAGACAGAUGAACUGUGGCGCACAGGCCCCCCGUCCUUGGAAGACAAACAGACCAGAGGCUCACAAGAGGGGGACUCUGCUGGCUCCCUUUUUCUCCCUCCCUCCCCUUCCCAUCAUGCUGUCACCAAAGAGGCUCGUGGCGUGUGUUGGUCUCACACAACCCUUCAACUCUGUGUAGAUCAGUCCCACUCCCUCCACACACGCACCCACGUGUGCGCAUACAUGCAGACACCCAUGCGCACAAACAGGGCCUCGGCUUCCCAUCCCAUCCCCUUCGUGUAACCUUCAGCUGCUCUCACUGUGCUGUGUACAUGUGUGUGCCUGCGUGUGCGUGUUUGUAGCCUGCUGCCAAAACAGUUCGGCCGGUGGUGGAGAGAGGACAGGACACUGUCGCCUUCGCUUUCAGCACAGGGAGAGCCACCUCUCCUCCAAGACACCAAUAAAGGGCAGGAGGUCUGCAGCAAACAGAUGUUACCAUUGCUCCCAAAUUUUAAUUGAUUUUAAUUACACCCAUAUCAGAUUCUUGGUGCUACUGAGUAGAUGUAGGCAUCUCUGUAGGACUGUGGAUAAUGUAUAUCCUUUAGAUUUAUUAGGGUUUUUGUUUGGUUGUUUUGGGGUGGUUUUUUUUUUAGGGAUAGAUUGGAAUGGGGAGAGGAGGUAAUCUUUCCUGUAUUCUGUAGGUAAAUCAGGCUUCGUUGCACUUUAAAGCAUAGUAGAUAUCAGAGUGGAAUUUACUUUUAAUUUAUACAGGUUUGCCAUAUAUAGUGCUGCUCCUCUGUUGACAGUUGUACUUGGUUGUCUUAGUUUCUUUUUUUUUUUAAUAAAAUUAAUUUCCCUUCUCUCUGUCUCCCCAUUGCAUGCAAUUUUUCAGUCUCUGUGUGGCAGAGUUCACUCAAGGAAUGUAAUGAUUUAUAUUUGCUAUGUUCCCGUUUCUCAUGUAUUAUACCAAAAAAUGUGUAUGAUAAAAUCCCACCCAGUUUAAUCUAUACAAAGGUAUAUAUAUAAAUAUAUAAAAUAAACAAAUUCAAGUCGUGUCUUGUA